AUUGGUGGAGGCACUGAUUUGGAGGCGCGCCCUUAUCAGUGCAGGCCAGGUGCAUCCCAUCGCCCUGAUUUGGACUCUGCCAAGUGCUUCUGGGGGAGGGGAGGUUUAACUGUUAAAAUGGUUUUAACUAUUUAACUAAUACAUGAAAUAAUAGCGAAAAACUGAUAAUCUUGAUGUUUCAAAGUGCAAUAUGAAUUGAUGAAAUGUAAAUAGUUGAAAAUCGUAUUAUUCUAUAUGUAGUAGUUUUUAGAAGUUUAAACUUACCUGUUUGGGGCUUAGUGGUUUAGGCCUAACUAUAUAAGGGGGAAUUUUUUUGUCACGGGGUGUUGCCUGUUGUCUGUCAUGGGGACAUGCGGUCAGAUCUGCUCAUGCCAAUUAAAGGAAAAAAGGUGAAGAACUUGAUUUUUGUUUUGUCGUGUUUGUUGACCCUCGGGUGCUGCGGCUUUCCUGGGCCAGUAAGAGGCCAGAGUUACGUCCGUAAUCUUACAUUUGGUGUCAAAGAAGUGGGAUCGUCGUGCCAAUCUGAGGACAUCAAUAAGACAUGGCACCCAAAAAAACACCCAAGGUCCAGGGUGUGGAGGAGGCUCUGGAGGAGGGGGCUACAGGAGGAGAACCUGUGGUAGGAUCAUCCAAGGAAGCCGAAACUGACUCUCUGGUAUGCAUGCUUCAAAAAUGUCUUAAGUUUCAGUCAGACUUGAGUAAGCGAUGGAACGAAGAGUCAAAGAAGCAGGAAGAGAGAUGGCAGCAGAUAGAGGAGCAAGUCAGCAGCCUCAGAGAGGGUCUUGCUUCUCCGAUAAGGGGUGGCCCCCAACCCCAUUUCACUCCCCAUCGACAGCAACAGGAGGAACAGGUAGCAGUGUCCCCCACGCUACGGGAGCAUACUGCAAGAGGCUGGGCACAGUCAGCUAUUCCCAGAUUAGAGGAAGGGGACGACAUUGAACAGUAUCUCACCACGUUUGAGCGCCUGGCAACCGCAUACCAAUGGCCAGAGCUUGAGUGGGCAGUGAGGCUUAUCCCCUAUCUGACUGGUAAGGCCCGUGCAGCCUAUGUGGCCAUGGACUUUGAAGAAUCCUGCAACUAUAAAAAGGUGAAGGAAGCAAUUCUGAUGAAGUACGAAAUCAAUGAGGAUGUAUAUCGCCAGCGGUUCCGUGAGCCAGACCUCCAGCCUGGAGAAACUCCUAGAGAGUUUUAUAAUCGCCUCAAAGACUUGUACCUGAAAUGGAUGCAGCCAGAGAAGAAAGCAAAAGAGCAAGUGGGUGAGGUCCUCAUCUUGGAGCAGUUCUAUCGUUCACUGUCACCAGAGUUGAGAGUCUGGGUUAAGGAACGUACCCCAGCAUCUGGACGUGAAGCGGCUGAGCUUGUGGAGAACUUUUUAUCUGCCCGACGGGGACCAAAGACCUUCCGGUUCGACCCACAGUCUAGGGGCGGCAUGUCACAGGCAACAAGACUUGGAAGCCAUUAUUCCACCAGACCUCUUCCAAGAGAAGCCAGGGUCUACAGACUUGGUACAACAUGACAUCCAGCUCACCAACACCACCCCCAUCAGGCAGAGGAUGUAUCGCAUUCCGGAGCGGCUGGUUCCGGUUCUGCUGGAGGAGAUUGAGGUCAUGCUGGAGCUGGGCGUGAUAGAGCCUUCAA